UUCCCUCCUCCUCUUCUUCCUCCUCCUCCUCCUCCUACUCUGGUUGAGCCCGCAACAUCCUGACCGGCCUUGGCUGGUGAUCGCAGGGAGCGCCAAGCCCGCACAGGGACGGAUGAAUUAGUGAACCUGCAGUGGCCGCCAUUCGCUUCUCAUUUCUUCUCUUUAUUGGAGAGUCGUGAAGCAACACUGAUUGUGCAAAGCGGACACAAGGUUGGCCUCCAGCGCACAGAUUCGCCAUGGGGAUCAAGGCUGCUCUCCCCAGAUAUGAGCUGUAUCUCUACUCUGCUGUGCUCUCAGGGGCUCUGAUAUGGGCUGGCAGUUGGAUAUUUGAAGCCUCCAGUGAUAAUGUAAACAGAAAAGCCUUUAAGGAAAGUGUGAAGCCAGGAUGGCAUUAUUUUGGCAGGAAAAUGGAUGUUGCAGACUUCGAGUGGAUGAUGUGGUUCUCUACAUUCCGCAAUCAUAUCCUUUUUGCACUCAUUGGUCACGUGAUCUUUGCCAAGAUAUUUACCCUGCUCGCUCCAAAGAUUGGUAUUGAUGUAUGUAAGCACAGACCCUUGGUCUUUGCCGCGUACGGAGGGCUAGCCGUUCUGGUCACCAUGGGCUGGACCUUCAUGGCUCUGGUUGUGUCCCACUGCAUCAUACUGUACAGCGUCGCCCUGGUCAAGAAGAAGUGGAUGUGCUUUGCUGCAGGUCUGAGCACACUGGCCUCCAUCAAGCUGGAGCCGUAUAACUCCUGGCAGGAGGCCUUGGUGACCGGAUCAUUUGACCUGCAAGACAUCCUGUUCUAUGGAGGCUGUGGCUUCAGCAUCAUGCGCUGCAUGAGCUUUGGCUUGGAGAACUGUGACAGGAAGGAGGGCAACUACACCUUCUCCGACCUCCUGAAAUACAACUUCUACCUCCCGUUCUUCUUCUUUGGACCUAUUAUGACUUUUGACCGUUUUCAUGCCCAGGCUAACAACACUCAGCUAACACGCAAGGAGAGGGAGAUGUGGAACAUCACCACCAAGGCCUUGUUACACCUGGGAGUUAUUCUGGUGAUGGACGUCUUCUUCCACUACUUGUACAUCCUGACUAUACCCAGCGACAUGAAGUUGGUCAACAAGCUGUCUGACUGGUGUCUGGCGGGACUGGCUUAUUCCAACCUGGUGUAUGACUGGAUAAAAGCAGCUGUAAUGUUUGGUGUUAUCAACACUGUGGCUACACUGGACCACCUGGACCCGCCUCAGCCUCCCAAGUGUAUCACCAUGCUCUACGUCUUUGCUGAGACGCACUUUGACAGAGGCAUCAACGACUGGUUGUGCAAGUAUGUCUAUGACUAUAUUGGUGAGAAUCAUGACAAGAUCUUUAAAGAACUUCUUGCAACAGUCUGCACUUUUGCCAUCACCACCUUGUGGUUGGGUCCGUGUGAGCUGGUUUACAUCUGGUCAUUUUUCAACUGCUUCGGCCUCAACUUUGAGCUGUGGGUGGCAAAGUUCUUCUCCAUCCCACCCUUUUCUAUCAUGGAGGGAGCUAUGGGCGAAGCCAUGUCUCGUAGGAUCAGGGGUGUCUUCAACGCUGCCAACUUCUGGGCUAUUGUCCUCUACAAUGUUCUUUCCCUGAACAGUUUGGAGUUUGCCAAACUGGUGGGCAGAAGGAUUAUUUUCAAAGGUUUCCCUCUGUCCACCCUGUCCGUGCUACUUGUAACCUACUGUGGUGUGCAGCUGGUGAAGGAAAGGGAGCGCCAGCAGGCCCUGCUGGAGGAUCCAGACCCAGUGAAGCCAGUGGAUGAUGGCAAAGAGAAAGCUGAAUAAUCAACCGUAAAACCACUG